CGAUUGGUUUCGUGAGGAAACACAAGAUGCUCAUUUACAAGAUGUCAUUGAUUUGUUACUUAACUUAACCAUAUUUAUGUAUAUCGGAGCAAUACUUCCAUGGUCUUCUUUUAAUUCAGAUCAUAUGUCUCUCAAAAAUCUUAUCAUCAUAAGCGUUCUUGUUCUGAUUUUUAGACGCUUACCGAUCGUAAUCUUGUUUAAAGGAUUCAUUCCGGCUUUUCACACUUUCAAAGAAGCUGCAUUUGCUGGUUAUUUUGGUCCAAUAGGAAUUGGCGCUAUAUUCUUAGCUAUGACUGUUGAAAAAGAAAUCAGUAGAAGACUAAAUGAUGAAUUAAAAGAUAUUGACGAAGGAUCCAUGUUACGUAUUCAAGAAAUAACUUUUCCAAUUGUUGCAUUCAUUGUCCUCAGCUCUGUGAUCGUACAUGGAAUCACUGUUCCAAUACUUAAUAUUGGUUCAAGAAUUGACAUCGAACGAUUUCCAAGUAUAGCUAGUAUCAGCAGUCAAGUAGCAAGAUUACCGGUAAUAGAUUUUGUCGAAAGUUUAACUUUAGAAAGAGAUAAUAAGGGUCGCGUAAGGAAGAAGGAAAAGAUGAGGGCUGAAUUUGCACCUAAAAACAAAGAUGAAUUCUAUCAGGAUGUUCACAAGGCAAAUAUGGAAGAUGAGCAAAAUGAGGGAAAUGGUGUUUAUACACAUAAUCAUAUAGAAACUGAUUUGUUAAUUGAAAAUGAGCAAAAUGACCAAGAUAAUGUUAAUUCUGUUGAUUACCAUUGGUUACACUCUAGUGAAUGUUCAAGCCAUCCACAAUAUGUACACAGACCUUAA